UUUCUGACCUUUUCUUUGUCCUGUCUCGGCAUUCUGCGCCAAAAAUAACCCCAGUGUUUCUUUUUUCUUCCUUAGUCUCGUCGAAAGAAAGAAAAUGGUUGUGUUGGUCUCUUUCCAUCAAGUCCCGCUGUUAAUUUUUAAUGUCCUAGUUCGGGGACAUUUGACAGUGGGGUGGAAAGCCUCAGAAAUAACUGAUUCCUGCAGACUUCAUGAAAAUAGGUGUCUGGGUGGGGAAGGACAGGAUACCUACAACAUUAUCCUCCCUUUGGAGGAUUCAGCUCUCAUCCCUCUGCCCAGCAUUUUCUGGAAGGAAAAAAGGGAGGGGAAAUGGUGGGGGACUCCCCAGGGGGUGUUCUGGGUCUGGCAGAAAUGCAGGUUUACUGGAGCUGAAGGCGAGGGAGGAACUGGGGACAUAGGACAGCAAUUCACAGGGAAUCUGAUUUUAUUAAUUCCUCUGUUCAUGAAAAAAAUACUUUUUUUUUUUUUCUUUCCUUGUCCUUCAGUUGUCGUAUACUUAUCAGUCAUGCCUGUUUUUGGCACAGUUGAGAAAACAUAGUUGUUAUUAUUGUAUGAUUCUUGGACAAAGCCUGAUGCAAGUCCCUAAUCCCUCCACUUGCCUUUUGACCUUUGCGUUGUCCUGUCAAAACAUUCAGAGGUUUUUACAGAGCUCUGUGAAAUUCCUGACUGCUCCGAGGAGAAACCGGCAUCCUCAUGUCGGGCCUGUGGCCCUGAGGACUGGCCUCUUGUAACCUCUCUAUCUGGGUCCUUCUGAAUAUACCUUUUUUUUUUCUUGACUGAGUGCCAAAUUCUUCAUGGCAACCUGCAGCUACAGCUCGGGGAAGGAAACGCUUUCAGUCUGCACAAGUUUUCCCUGAAGCUGCUUUGUGGUGGUGUUCUGGUUUGCGAUGCUGUACGUUUCUGAAUCUGUUGGAGGUUGUGCAAAGCCGAUGGGUUUUAGCCUCUGUGAUUAUAGCAGUGGGUGACAUGGCAGGGUUAAUGCUGCUUCCGGGUUUAAUGCUACCCAGGCACUUAAUCAUGUUGGUGCCUUUCGGUAGGGUUUGUUAUUUCCUGGGGAUACUGACAGCAACAAAGCAGGGGCUCAUCAUCAAGAAGAAAUACAGGUUCCCACUCCAAUGUUACCUAGAAUAGGAAUUUCCAUCUUGUACAAAUCAGCUGCAAGACUCGGCAGUGAGAAGUGAGAUAUAUAAAGCUGGUAAUGUGUGUUUGUAUCAGAUGAUACCUUUCAAGAGUUUAAAAGGAUUGACUACCUGUCUGUAGGAGUCUGUAAGUAUCCUGGAGUAUGGUGGAAGCAGUGCUGAUAGAUCUGUUCAGCCUACCAGCCAGCCUGCAGAGCAACAUCCAAGGAUUACUCCGUAACACACUGGAAACUAUUGAGAAAUGCUCUUCCCUCUCUGCUCCAUUUGUUUAUGUCAUGUGUUGCCAGAGGCAGGGGAGUGAAAGGAACAGUGAAGAGGAGUCCUUGCUUCCAGCUCUGAGAGAUUUCCAGAGUCUGAAGACAAGACUGGAGGUGGUACGUUCUCUGACUACAGCUGCUGCUUUGUACACCAUCAAACAAAGACUGGAUGAAAAAGACCUAAGCAUCAUUAAAGUCAUUCUCCCUGCCUUAAGAAAAGACUUAAUGAAAGUAUAUAUAGACCAUCUCUUUACGGCAGUCUACCAGUUUGAAUUUGAGGAUUUACAGGUGCCAUGGGAUUGUGAAAACCUGCAGAAAGCUGAACCUCAGAGUGAGGGGCAAGUGCUUCCUGUGCAGGAUGUGGCGCUCAUCCAAAGUGAGAUUCAGACAUACUUGGAAAGCCUGCCGAGCCUGAAAGGGGGACUAACCAUCCUCAGAUCUUCCUUGAUCCCAGAUGAUAUCUUCCUACAUGGGUUCAGCACAAGGACAGGUGGGAUCUCCUACAUACCAACUCUAAGCUCCUGCAAUCUCUUCAGCAGUUCCAAGCGGAGGGACCCACAAGUCGUUGUUAAGGAAAAUCUCCGCCGGCUGGCUAAUGCUGCAGGAUUUAACCCAGAGACUUUUCACAGAGUCAAGACUGAUCACGCUAAUGCUGUGUAUAUUAUGGGAAAGACAGAGCCUGACAGCUACGAUGGAAUAGUUACAAAUCAGAAAGGUGUUACGAUAGCAGCUCCGGGCGCUGAUUGCAUACCCGUGCUGUUUGCUGAUCCUGUCAGAAAAGCCUGCGGUGCUGCUCAUUCUGGAUGGAAAGGCACAUUGUUAGGAGUUUCUAUGGCCACGGUAAAUGCCAUGGUAUCUGAAUACGGCUGUAACGUGAAAGAUAUCCGUGUGGUGCUGGGCCCAUCUGUAGGACCUUGCUGCUACAACCUUCCUCACGAAUCAGCAAAAGAAUUUCACAGAAUUGAUCCAAAGUGUGUGAGACAAUUUGACUCUGCGUGUCCUUAUAUUGAUAUUAGAAGAGCAACACGGAUUCUUCUUGAGAGUGGUGGGAUUCUUCCUGAGAACAUCCAAGAUGAUUCCAUCACAGACCAAAGCCAAAAUACCACUUUGUGUACUGCCUGCCACCCUGAUAAAUUUUACUCUCACUUUCGUGAUGGCCCUAACUUCGGGACACAGAUUGGCUUUAUAUCAAUAAAAGACUGAGAUGAUAGUA